UCCAUACCAGCACAUGCUCCACAAACCAUCGAGGAUGCCAUGUCAGCCGUUCGAAACUUAGGCCAGCGAUAUCUCUGGGUCGAUCGAUUCUGCAUAUGGCAAUCAGAAAACAAGCAUUUGCAAAUUCAAAACAUGGACCAAAUUUACCGGAACGCGCUAACCACUAUCGUCGCUGCAGAUGCUGAUGGCGCAGAAUCUGGACUCAGAGGAGUGUCGUGUCCAAGACGCGCACAGUUUAGCCUUCACACAAAUGCCGGCAUUCUAGUUUCUACGUUCCCACACGUGUCCCAUCCCCUUUUGUCUUCUACUUGGGUGACGCGAGGUUGGACAUACCAAGAGGCCCUACUAUCUCGAAGCUGUCUCUUCUUUACCGAGAACCAGGUGUAUUUUGCAUGC